AUGAAGGUCUGUUCACCCGACCAUGACGCCCUCCGUCGGUUUCGUCUGAGCGAUGACGCCAAAAGUACCACCUUCGUGGUCAAGUAUUAUCCGUACCAAUUGUACCCUGACGCCUCGAAGGAGGGCGAAGAUAAAUAUGAAUGGUAUAAGAAGUCGAGAUAUGCGGACUCGGAAGAUAAAAUGAAGAUGUACAUGACUUUAAUCUCGGCUUACGGCACGAGCGCAGGCAUCGACUUCAAGUUUGGUGGCACGGUCGCCAACACGAUGGAUGCACAUCGUGUAAUCCAACACUUUCAGGAAGAGAAGGGACCGGAGACCGCAGGCAAAAUCAUCAACUCACUGUACUCUCAGUAUUUUGAAGACGAGAAACACCCCUCGAAGGAUGAGACGUUGUUAAAGGCGACGACAGAUGCCGGGAUCCCAGAAGACGAGGCCAAGGCCUUUAUUGAAGACAAAAUAAAUGGGAUGAUGGAUGUUAAGAAUGCGGUUCGUCAACAGGCCGGCAACGGAGUGGAUAGUGUCCCGUAUAUCGUCAUUGAAGGUAAGAGGAGAGAUAUUACUUUGAUUGGAGCCAAGGAAGUGGAAGAAUAUGAGAAGGCGUUGCAACAGACCGUAAAAGAAAGCAAAUAG